UUUAGAUGGCGUCUAGAAAGGGACCAAAUAUUUACAUUUUGUAGCCCUUCAUUUCGUCAACUGUCAUGAAAUGAACAAUAUACUUCUUAUCAUCGCUUCCAUUAAUCCCUUUUGACGACGCGUCUCCACUUUUUCUAAGAUGUCUGAGUUUUUCUGUGGACCAUGCAAUAUCCAACUCAAUUCCAAACUCCAGUGGGAUCAACAUUUAAUCGGAGGAAAACACAUGCGAGCUGCUGCCCUUACGCAGUCUCAAUCCGUUGAUUCGUCAGCAGCAAUUGCUUUGCCCAAUGGCAAUUACAAAUGUAAAACCUGCAAUGAUUUUGAGUGCUCUGGAUUCAUUCCUUUUGAACAGCAUUUAAUAGGUCAGAAGCAUAUGAAAAAUAUUCAGCGUGCUAAAGAAUCACCUAUCCAGUCUUCCUCAAGCUCUCCUGUAAAGUCACUUCCAUUGCCUAGCACCCCACCAAUUAGAAAAGUUUCAACACCAGAAACAGCAACUGAUGCAUCUUUAGCCAUGGUACAGUCAGAUGGCUCAUACAAAUGCAAAGUCUGUGUUGAUUUUACCUGCACAGGCCCUAUACCAAUGGGGGACCACCUAAAAGGAAAAAGUCAUUUAAAGAAUUUUAAUAGAAACCGUCCUGUCGAAAGUUUACCGUUUGAGCAACUGAAUAUUUCCACUCCGAACCGAAAAAUAGAUUUCAUUCCUAAUGCUUUAACGGUAGAUGAACGUGUUGACAAGGCAUGGAGGCAUCAAACAAUAUGUGGCUACAGUUACGAUGAGUCUUUUCCGUCACUGUCUGUAGGGGAAAAGAUUGAAGUGCUUAAUCCGCAUUUUGCUUUCAUCGGCAAAGACGAUCCUAUGCCGAACUUUAUUAAAUACUUGAGUAUGUGAUUUCAGA